AUGGAAGACCAGCUAAUUCAGCCAGAAAUUGCGGUAGCAAAUGAAAUGCCAAAGGAAGUAGCAGAAGAAAAGCCCCAAGAAAAGAUUGUAUUCGGAGUGGCACACAUAUAUGCAUCUCACAACGACACCUUUGUCCACAUCACCGACUUGACCUCAAGAGAAACCAUUUGCAGAGUGACGGGAGGUAUGAUCGUGAAGGCAGAUAAGGACGAGAGCAGUCCAUACGCUGCCAUGUUCGCCGCCCAGAGAGCAGCCGAGCUGGCCAAGGCCGCAGGAUUCAACGCUGUUCACGUGAGAGUCAGAGCGAGUGGAGGUGUAAAGACAAAGACACCAGGACCAGGCGCACAGAGUGCUCUAAGAGCGCUUGCCAGAAACGGACUCCGCAUAGGACGCAUUGAAGACAUCACGCCCAUUGCUGCUGAUAGAACAAGAAAGAAGGGAGGAAGAAGAGGAAGAAGACUAUAA